AUGGAAAAGAGGGAGAUAAAGACACCUUCAGUUACGGAACAAGUGAAAGCAAAAGAAAAGACGGGGAAAAAGGGAGGUGCAUCCACUCAACAACCCAGAGCAUUGGACAGAGCAGCAAAGAAAGAAAUUCAAGCAAAAGGCACUCAUGUAUAUAGUACAUAUCACUUUCGCGUACCAAUCAUUAUUAGAUGCGUUUCUUUCUUGAAAAAUAAAGCUGUUAACUGUGAUCUGGAACCGAACCUGCAAAACCUUAGAAACCUGGAGGAAAGAAAUCAAAGGGAUUCAUCUCUUGGAUCGUCUGCAGCAAUUUUUUCUCCUGCCAUCAUUCUGCAGUAUCACAGCCCUUGA